GCUACGACAAAAUCAAAGCGAAAAGUAGUAGAUUUGUGUGCGUGCAAAACAAAACCUGCGGCUCGGUUAAAACAAAAGCAAGAACGCGAUAUCCGUGGCAAUGUAGUUCAAACUGAUUAAAUGUAUAAUAAAAUAAGCGUGGCAAGAGCGAACGACUGCUAUUUAAAUAAUGCCAAACAAGAUGGUUAAAAUAUUCUUCAGUUGAAAGUGAAAGCUGCCUCUGUGAAAUGUUGUCGCCGGCAAAUACGAAAAGAAACAACAAACACAUGAAUACAUAAAACAUUAUAAAAAAAAAAAAAACAAAACACACCAGACAAGUUGUGCGUUGUAUUGAGAAAUGUUUGCCCAAAAUGUGUGCGCAACUGACAUAAAGCCCGACAGUCAAUUCGAUUAAACAUUGUUCAAUGCGCAGCAAAUUGGCCAAAAUGCGUUUGCAACAGCGUUACAACAGCAACAACAACGCCAACAGCACAAUGGCCACACAAGCAAUUGGCAACGGCAAUGGCAACAACAACAACAGCAGCAGCAGCAGCAGCAACAACAAUAGCAACAACAGCAGCAGAAUCAACAAUCAACGCGCCAAAAUACCAAAUCUCAUCAACAGCAAUCGCAACAAUCACAACAACAACAACAACAACGGCUACAUCAAGCUGCGGAGCAAUACCAAGCCAACAACUACGAAUAACAACAACAACAAUUGCAGCAACAACAAAAAUGGCAACAACAACAACGGCAGCAGCAUAAGCUCCUGCAGCCACCCCAUGCAGCUAGACAAUGACGAAGAUAUGGUCGAAACGCUGGAAGAGACCACAACUGCCGUGGAGCUGCGCUCAACAUCUGCUGCCGCCGCCGCUGCUGCUGCUGCGCCUGGCGCUGCUGCGCAUUAUCGCGCCUACACAACACUGCGCAGCAACUCCACAUCGGCCAUUUUGGCGGAGGCUGCCUGUCUGCCCAGUCUGCUGGGCAGCAGUCCCAGCAUGCUCUUCGCCCGCCCCCGCACCCUCAAUGUGCACAAUGUCUGCCAGACGCCGGCGCAAAUAACGCAAUUGUUUUUUGGAGAAGUUCUGAAUGCCUGGAGAUCUAAGGCGCGCUGCAAUGUGGUGCCCGACGAGCGCACACAGGAGCUCUUCCACGAGCUAAGCUUUCAUCCCAGCCAAAAGCAGAUCUGCGAAAUGCUGCAAACGGCCAAGAAAGUGGCACGCAAAGGCCGGGGACAGGCAAACGGCCUGACUUUUGGACAAUUUUGUGUGCUAGCUGCGGACUUGAAGCGUUUUCGCGCCUCAACAAUAUCGAAUGCAUCAAACUUCUGUGAUGUUAGGUACCAACAACUCUCAAGCUCUCUACUGCAGCAGCAGGACGAUGCCAGCCAAGCGGCAGAUAGCUCCAGCAAAACGCAAAUGCCUUUGCAAGCCGCAACCACAACACCUGCCUCCAUGCAUUACAAUAAGAAGUCGGACAAUUAUGGCACUGAGCUGCGCAGUACAAAGUCCUUUAGCAGCGUCGACGACACCAAGAAGAAAAAGAAUGCCAACAACGAGCCCGUCGAGGUGUUUCUCGGUGGCUCCUGCAAUCCAACCACCUGGCGUGCGGAUGUCGCCAUACCCGCACUCAAGGAGCUGGGCAUUUCAUUCUACAAUCCUCAAGUAUCCGAUUGGACGCCAGAUCUCAUUGAACUGGAGCAUCGAGCCAAGGAAAAGGCACGCGUAUUAUUCUUUGUUAUGGAUUCGGAAACACGCGCAUCUGCUGGUGCCAUCGAGGCGGCACACAUAGCGGGUCAAAACUGCAAGCAGCUGGUGUUGGUUUUGCAUCCGUAUAAACCAAAUCAGAAUAUCCUCAACGAGCCUAUUUCGCAUCAAGAAUACCUCGAUUUAAAUCGCAAUCAACUGAUACUUAAGGAGCUGGUCUCCCGUCGCGGUUUGCCAGUGUUGGAUAAUAUACCAUCUGGUCUGCAGCGCACCAAGGAAAUCUUGUCUGGCAUCAGAGAUCCACCGUCCAAAAUAUCUUCUAUAUUAGAUACCGUACGCGGCGCCUUUGAUCGCGUGAAUCCCCAAAGCGAACUACUCACUGUGGAACAGUGUAAACGUGCUCUCUUAUUUUUAGGCUAUGCUCAGAGUUUAGUUAAUUUAGAUAAUCUAACUAAGAUAAUAAUCAACCAACGCGAAUCAUUGAAGCUGCUUCAAACGCAUAGUACAAAGGCUGGAGGCGAGCUGAAUCUAGAGGAGGAGGCAGAGGAGGAGGAGGAGGACGAGGAGAAGCGAAAGGCAGCAGUUCGACAGCCAAAUUGCCACAAUACGCCCGUCAUGCCAAACCACGAGCUCAUCGAUUUCGAUCUAUUCUGUGUCAUCUCAGCGUAUCUGUCGGUGCUGCAGCAGGAGAUCCACGAGAGCGGCUGCAUAUCGCCCAUCAAAGGCACAAAUGUGCCGCCGCCGCAGGUUUACUUUACCAAUGCUCCUGAUGUGGACAUUUAUUACGCGGCCAGCAAGAAUAUUUCGCGCACCUCGAGCAAUGCCAGCGUUCCAUCGAAUAGCAGCAGCGGCAUUGGCCACGAUUUCGAGCGCCAGAGCUUGUUUGAGCAGCUGAGCCGCAGUCGGGACAGCGGCACCUCGUCGCCGCAGCCGAGCAGCACGGCAGCAUUAGGUAAAAAAGCACAGCCACAGAUAAUGCUGAAUGUCGAAUCGAUUGAAACAACUGAAAUAAUCACAACCAAAACGAUAGAAACCAAACCGUUUAUGGCUGUCAGCAGUAAUGCGACGCCGGCGCCCGCCACUCAGGAGGAGGAGGAGAGCGAUUCGAAUGAUUCGGUCUUCUCCAGCAGCAGUUCCCUAGCCAGCGGCGGCGAUGCUCUAUGCUGUUCCGGUCUGGAUCUGCGCGACGUCUAUCUUGGCGGCAGCUGCGUCGUGCGCACCAAAUGGCGCCAACAGCUGGCUGCGCCCUAUCUGCAGGCCAAGGGCGUCACCUUUCACACGCCCGCGCUCCACGAGAGCAUACAGCAGCAGCAGCAGCAGCAGCAGCUGUCGACGCAGGAGCGAACGGCUGGAGCGGCCGCCACGCAGGACACAGCACGUCAGCAGGAGCAACAGCAGCAGCAGCGCUCGUUUGUGCGCACGCGCCGAAAGUGUCGCGGCAAUCAGCUGCAGCUGGAGGAACAGGAGGAGCUCACCGUUGCCGAGGAGUCGCUCAGCUGGUCCCUGCCUCCCAUGGCCGUGCGCCAGAGUCUCUACAAUCCGGCUCUGUUGGAUUCCAGCCGCGUGCUGCUCUUUGUCAUCACCAACGAGACGCGCUCCCUGGCCCCAAUGACCCUCGCGGCGCACUGCAUCGGACUCAUGUACAACGUGGUGCUGGCCGUACAAAUGCUGCCCGAGGAUUGUGUGCUGGGCGGUGAAAAGCUAACCGUGGCGGCUAUCAAGGACUACAACCGGGGUCGCUCGUAUCUCAUCGAUCUGGCCAAGCGGCAGGGUGUGCCCGUUUUCAAUGACAUCCAGGCGGCGCUCGAGUGCACCGUGGCCAAGGUGCAGGCGUAUAACAAUCGCGAGCGCUGCUAAAAUCGUACCUGUUUCAGUUGCAGCACGUGACAAUUUUAAGCUAAAUCUAAUACUUAGUGCAAUUUAUAUAUUUGUUUUUUUUUUACGUCUUAACUUUAAACAAAAUUUACUUAACAAGUGUGUCUUAAUUGUAUUUAAGUCUAAUCCAAAUUCUAUGCUAUGCAAACUGUACUAAACUUUGCUACGCAUUACUGUUCCCACUAUGCUUUAUACAUAUAAUAUCUACAAAUACGUAAUAUACCAUAAUUAUUGUAAAAGUGUAAAUGAAAAAUGUCGUUGCCCAGGAAGCGCAUUUCAAACCAACAACAGAAAGCAUUAUGCUUUAUGCUAAUUUAUUAUUUAUUUAACAUACCAUAAUUGUACACGUUCAUGUGCUAAAUUGAACAACUGUAAAUAUUAUAAAUACAAAUAUUCGUCUGAGAAGCGUAUAAAAUGUAAGUAAAGAAUUCAAAUAUAUUUUAUAUUUAGUGAGCAUAAAACCAUAUACACAUACUUAAAAUAUAUAAUAAUUUAGUAGCCCACUGUACCCAGUCCGCAGGCAAAAAUAUCUCAAUAAACAAGUUUUUCUAACAUAAA